AUAAUGAGUUAUUCGAGGAUCCGUCGCACGGUGCCGCUUGUGUAUGCGCUUCUUCUAACCUCUCGCUUAUGCACGUAGCGCGAGUACUCGUGUGUCGUUGUACGUAGUAUGCGGGUGAUUUAUAUAUGCGGCGGGUUUGUUCGGGCUGAUCGUUGGUUGUCGCGCACUUUCAGGAAUUUCGAGGGUAUGGCUUUUCAAUGGUGAAUAGCGGGGGCGGGAAGGAAAGGGGAUGCGCGAUUUGCCCGGGGAUCUGGUGCUUUGACGCUUAAUCGGUGACAAAGCAAUGGAGCAAUUUCAUCGCUCGAUCACGAGGAUGGAAGGUACAACACAUUGUGACACCAGUUGAUGCGAGUGUGACAGCGUUGAGGCUUAACAAGUGGUUGAAGAUAUAGGUUUUCCAUUUUACUUUGGCUCGCUUUCGAGAGGUGAUCAAAAAUGGCACAACAUUUUGUCACCAUUUGUGUUGUUUGUGUGUUGUGUGCAGCACAUAUACCAUGUUAUGCUCACAUGAAUAUUCUCCCAACUGUCAAGCAAAGAACUGAAAGUGUAAAAUAUUCUACAGAAUCGUCCGAUUAUAGUGAAUAUUUAUUUUCUCAUUCGAUUGGCUCUACCAAAAUGCCUAAAAAAACAGAAGCCAUUACAAAAGAUUUCACAGAAAUUAAUAAUAAUGAAAAUUUGUUUAACAAAGUGCCUGAAGAAAGGAUUCAGAAGUCGCACUACGAUCAUAGAUUAAAAGAUAAUUUAGAAAACAGUCGGGUACUUCAAGAAUCCAGGCAGAAAGAAUUAUUGGAUAGAUUAGGACAAAAUUAUUUAGAAUCACAGGAAAAUGGAGAUUUCAACGAUAAAAAUAUGCAGAAUUUACGGUCUAAAAGAAGUUUGGAAUUGGAUGAAAAGUACUUUACAAAAAAAAUAUUUGAACUUUAUGGAGACGGUGAAAAUAUGACAAUGGAAGGAUUUGAAAAAUUAUUAAGAAAAAUGGGACUGUUUCAGUCAGAGCCGAAAGUCAGUGAACAAGAAAUCCACAGUAUAGACAGUAAUCAAUCGGGAAAUCGAUUUGCUAAUGUAAAUGAAUCGCAAAGCAAUAACGAUGAUCGAGGCACCGAUAAAACUUUGGACACCAAACAAAGGUGCCUGAACAGUAGGGAAUUACUGAGCGUCUUAUCUAACGACGUAACAUACACGUCGUCGAGUAACAACAGCACGACAUUACCUGUUUGGCUAUUCGAACGCGUGUGCCCAGUACUUAUUUAUCAGCUAACUGCGGUAUCUGCUGCGGAGAGAGGUGGAUGCGUUUAUGUCUCGGACAACUACAAGUCGUCCGAGAUCGGCAGUUACGAAGAGGAAACGGCUCGCAAUAUGUUUCAAGUAUGGAUAUAUUCCACCGUGAGCAUACUGGUUAUCAGUUUGUGCGGUCUUCUGGGUGUUGCUGUGAUACCAGUUAUGGGCAAGAGUUACUAUCAUCAGCUUUUGCAAUUUUUGGUUGCAUUAGCCGUUGGUACUUUGUGUGGCGAUGCUCUCAUACAUUUACUACCUCAUGCAAUGAUGUCGGAAUCGCAACAUAGUCAUUCUCAUGAAAAUAGUCAAUCGCAUUUACCCGUAGAUCAUAGAGAAGAUGAACAUAAUACAAAUAUGUGGAAGGGAUUUGUCGCGGUAAUAGGUUUAGUCAUGUUUUUCUUUACUGAAAAAGCAUUGAAUAUAAUAUCGGAAUGGAGAAGGUACAAUCAAAAUCGCAGUCAAAUACCAGCACGAGUACGAGUAAUGAGGGAUUCGGAUACAGGAAACAGUAACACCGUAGGGGAAAAGCUUUGCAAGCACAAAUACUCAACCUAUCCAUAUUGUUAUGGAGAAAUUGAAACGGAAAUUCAAGAUAAUCUUCGCAGUCAUCAACAUAAUCAUCACGAGAGGCCGCAGACUAUCGAGGAGGAAAAACCUUUAACGUGUAAUUCGACAAAUUGUAACUCAGUUUCUAAUAAAAUUGUGCAAAAUGAUAUCGAAAAGAAGAACAACGAAGAAUGGAAACUUGAUGACACUGUGAUCACCGAUAUAAAGAAGACUGUUGAUGGUGCUGAUGUACCAUUGAACGAAGUAGAAAAUUAUACUGUGAUUAUUAAAGAUCAUGAUACUAAACAUCACGGCCAUGGACAUUCACACAAUCAUGUACAUUCUACGCCAGAUUCAAUGUCGAGUGUUGCAUGGAUGGUUGUAAUGGGGGAUGGCUUACAUAAUUUUACAGAUGGUAUGGCUAUAGGCGCUGCCUUUUCAGCAAACAUAGCGGGUGGAUUCUCAACGACUAUAGCGGUAUUCUGCCAUGAAUUACCUCACGAAUUAGGUGACUUUGCAGUUCUAUUAAAAGCGGGUAUGAGUGCCAAACAAGCUGUUUUUUAUAAUCUGUUAUCCUCGGUACUUUGUAUAUUUGGUAUGGUGUUUGGAGUAUUACUUGGUGCUACACCCGCUGCCAGUAGUUGGAUGUUUGCUGCAGCUGCUGGCAUGUUUAUUUACAUAGCUCUUGUUGAUAUGAUUCCUGAACUAUCUACGAAUCAUUCGGUAGCACACGGUGCUCAUUGGCAGUGUCUUCUGCAAGCAGCUGGGCUGAUAUGUGGUUUUGGCAUUAUGUUAAUCAUCGCGCUCUAUGAGCAUGAUCUGCAACACAUAUUCAGUAAUUAAAUCCAAGUAUGACUUAUCUACGGGACGAGACAGUACACAAAAAGUCACGGCGUCGAUUGUGCGUAGCCAACGCGAAUCCUAAGAGUUCAAUUACAACAACAAUAAUAACAACAGAAACAAGUGUAAAUUUGAGUUUUUAUUUGAAUGAUAAGAAUUUAUUGUGUAUCAUCGAGUACAUUUUACUUUCACUUACAAAAAUACGUGUGAUCACGACCCAAGUAAUUGCAUAGUAUACACUCUAAUGAUUAAAGACAAAAAA